AUGUACCCGUACAAAUCUGUUGAGAUUCGUCUCCAACUUCGCUGGAAAUUGUUGCUAUCGCUGUGCUGUUCUCGUUGCUGCUUCUACUGCGUAGGGCUGCUGGUUUGGCUGUCUCUGCACGUUGCUGGCUACUGCUGUUGCUCGCCUACUCUGUCCCUGCAAAAGAAUAAGAAGAGAACAGGGGAAGGAGAAAGGGGGAGAAACGGGGGGAAGAGAGGAAGAGAGGAAAGGGGGCGGCUGCCACCAGCACGUAGUGGCGAGUCUCGCCAAAGCCGCUGCUCUCCGUUGCUGAUGCUGCUGCCUUCGUCCCUGCCAAAAAAGAGAAAACAACGAGGUAUACGAGAGGAGGGAGGCAAGGAGGUAUCCGGUAAAGGGAGAGAGAAAAGGGGUCACCGGAUAAAGGGAAAGGGGGAGGAACGGAUGGAGAAAGAGGGGAAGAAGAGGGAAAGGGAGAGAAGAGCAAAACGAGAGGGAGAAGAGGAGAGAAGGAGGAGGGCAUCUGCCGGAAAAGGGAGAGAGAAGAGGGAGGCAGAGAGAGGGUGA